AUGAUCGGUUCCAAGGCUCCCGGUAGUGUCAUCCGCCGCCGCGCUGGUGGCGGCAACGUGCCCGAGGCCCACGAGGUGCCCUUGCGACAGGAGCUGGCGAAGGGCAGCAGGUCCUUCGACCGAAGCGAUGGAAGCACCACGGCCAGCGACGACGAGAGCUCGUCGCAGCAGCCUGCGCAGAUGGUGCACCGCUUCCAGGCGCGGAGUGGCGAUGCAGACUUCGCGAGCGGCCCCGCGAACUACAUUACCUUGGCCUCGAACGAGUGGCUCCCGAAGCUCUGCUGCAAGAUUCCCGCGCUGGUCUUGUUCUCUCUGAUGGGCACGUGCUUGAUCAGCUCGGUCCUGAGCCCGGCAGUGUUUCGAGCAAUCGCGGCGGUCCUGGGGUUCUUGACAGUGGGCUGGACUGCCAACUUGGCCAUCUCCAGCGCCUUUGGCAGGAAGAGGCUGGUCGACGACUGCGCGAAGGACUGGCACUCGAUGCUCGAGGCGCACCAGGCCGCCAACCCCGCCGACUCCGACGUCCUGCACUUCGUCAUCCUCCCGAACUACCGGGAAGACGAGGAGAUGAUGUGGCGCACCCUGGAAAACCUCGCGCGCUCCGGGCUCGCACGGUCCUCGGUGCGCGUGGUGCUGGCCAUGGAGGGCCGCGAGGUGGGCGCCCGCGCCAAGGCCGAGCGCCUCCUGGAGCGCGCCCAGCCGCACUUUGCGGGCGUCGGCGCCUGCUUCCACCCCGCGGGCCUGCCCAGGGAGCUCGCCGGCAAGUCCUCCAACACCCAGUGGGCGUACCGGCAGAUCCUGCAGACCUACGGCGCGGACCUGGUGCACUGGGAUCCCUCGCGGGUCUUCCUGACAGUGGGCGACGCGGAUACCCUCUUCCACCCGAACUACCUCAGCGCCGUAUCCCUUCAGGCCCUUCAGAUGUCCGUGCAGGAGCGGUCCUGGUCGUUCUGGCAGCCCCCCGUGCUGCUCAUGCGCAACCUGCUCUCCGUGCCCGGCCCCACGCGCCUGUCCAGCUACGCCACCGUGUUCUUCGAGCUCGGGGGCCUGGCGAACCAGGGUGUCUCCCACCACUUCUGCUACUCCUCGUACUCCACCACGCUCGCCCUGGCCAUGCACCCUCUGGUCGACGGCUGGGACAGGGACGUCAUCGCGGAGGACCACCACAUGUUCUGCAAGUGCUUCUUCGCAGCGCUCCGGGAGGGCUCUGCGCAGCCCACUGGGCACGGCGAGCCUGCGCCGAAGCCGCAGGUGAAGUUGCAGCCCGUUUUCCUGCCCGCUCUCUCGUACCUCGUGGACGCCGGCGAGAGCAGCACCGCGGCAGGCUGGCUUCGCUCUUGCCAUGCACGGUUCGUGCAGGCCCGUCGCCACUCGCAGGGCAUGGCGGAGCUCUCCUACGUCAUCUUGCAGUACGUGCACCUGGUGGCGGCCACUGGCUUCUGGAAGCUGUCGCUCCGCACCCACGCGCAGGUCUGGGGCAUCGCGGGCAAGAUGGGCAUGGUGCACAUCGUUAGCCAGGCGCACUCGUUCGCGAUCAUCAACGCCUUCGUGUACAUGGCCGUCGAGGCUGUCCGGUGGGCCCUGGCAGGCGGGCUCGCGGCGCUCCUCGGAGACGUCGCCGCCCACGGGGCGAGCGCCGCGCUGGCAUCCCAGUCGCUCGGCGGCAUUGGCUGGGCAGGCAUCACCGCCAUCUUCGGCCCCGUGCCGCCCGUCGCCGUCCUCAUGGGCUGGGUCUGCUACACGGUCGUCCGCGACGUGUUCGAGGGCAGGCUCACGGAGGCGACGCCGGCCAAGCCCGGCAGAGGCCACGGCCCCUGCGAGCCCGUGCCGGUGGUGCCGGACGUGGACGGCUGCGCUCGGGCCCUGCCGGGCGCCAAGGUCGGAGACCUCGGCUGGAGGGCCAGGGCGCUCCUGCUCGCUCGGAUCUUGACCGACCACGUCGGCUACGCGGAGGUCACCAUGUUCGGCUACGGCUUCAUCCCCGCGAUCCUCGCGGCCUGGUCCCUGUUGUGGCGGGGCACGGAGUUUGAGUACAUCGUUGCAGCAAAGCCCACGUGA